AUGUCAACAAUUACCAGAAAAAUUAUCGCAACCACCAAAGCACCCGCUGCUAUUGGUCCAUACAGUCAAGCAGUUCUAGUCGAUCAUACACUGUACAUAAGUGGAUCGUUGGGUCUCGUUCCUGAAACAGGUCAAUUCCCGAGUGAGUCUGUAAAAGCUCAAACCGAACAGUCACUCAAAAACAUUGGUGCCAUUCUGGAGGCAGCCGGCUCUUCGUACGAUAACGGUAUUCACUGCAAAUUUUAUUUGAAACUAUGA